UCAACAGAAGCUAAUUCGGAUUCAGUUUGUGGUUGGAGUCUAAUUAGAAGCUUUGUUAGCCAAAACGUGUCAAAAGUUUCAAAGAAACAUCAUGGUACAUUAUGGUAGAACGGCAAAACGUUUUGCUACAAUCAGAAAAGAUGUAGAAUUUAGCAUUGGCAUUAGGGCACCUUAUGAUUCCAUACUGCAUUUGUACUAACGAUUUCAUACUUUUGUGCUAUCUUGAACAAGUCAGUUUAUGUCAGUGUGUGGAAAAAUAUGCGUUUAAUUUGAAAUUGAGUUGCCAUGUAAUGCGAGUAGAGUUUGUCACAGAGAGUCCCCAAAUAGUGAAGGACUGGAGAGAGAGCCAUUGAAGGAAAUUGAAUGUUUUCGCCUAAACAAGAUAAUUUUGGUUAGAAAUUGAUCACUACUCCAGUUCAUAGUAGAUUCUGAUUCCAAAGGGCAUUUGACUAGCAGAGAGGCAAAAGAGGAUCAUCUUGAAAUGCUCAUUGUUUCAAGCGCUUGUCUGUUUAUGGUUAUACUCAUCGAAACCGAAAUUCCUACCGCAAGAGCUUUCUGUCCAUCACUAGCCAUGAACAAUCUUCCAAAUCUAGCUUUCUAAUUGUAAAAUAUUCUCCGGGGGCUCAGAAUUUUCCCAUUGGGAUUGUUCUCGGAAUCAGAAAAACGUACAGUGGCUUUCAUAUAUCAAAUGCAAUCGGGUUCUCUUCUCCAUUACUUUGUAGGUUUUCGUCCUCGUUAGAAAUAAACAGACCAACUAGUCCCAUCAAGAUAAUCGUAAUAUGCAUGUUAAGAGUUCUUGUAAAUAAACACUGCGGAUAAAUUGGUGAAAAUAAAUUGGUAUCCUUCCAAAAUGACCUACUUAGUGGCUUUUGAGUGUGUCUUAACAUUAAUACCUGCCUGGCUCCUCAAACAAUGGGCCAGGAAUCUAUUGAUAACCUUGAAUGCCAUAAAAGGCCUAAAACCUCCUCCUAAGAACGCCCGUUUCUAUUGGACUUUCUCCGCUUUUUUUCGGCUUUGAAUAUUUCAUGAGAUUUGUGCCACAAUGUGGUGGGUUCACUUCGGAAAGACAGAGAGACUCGUCGACAAUACUAGUGUCUUAUUUCAAACGUAUCCAGUCAGAUAUACUGUACAUGGGUUCCAGUGCUUGAGCGGAGUGUUGCGAACUAGGCAUAUUUUCUCAUUCAUCUUACCAUGCGGAAGGCCCAGACUAUUGGACUUGGAAACGAGGAAGAUUAAUAUGAUAGCAAUUCGAGGUCUCUUUAUGGUCCGACACCUUCAAAGAGAUUACUUCGUGCGCUUUGAAAGGAAAUGAUGAGAUCGACAUUUGUCUUCUACCUUCUACCGAUAAUGGCUUCUUAUCUCCUUGGAUCGACAAUGUGUUUGACAAGUGGAACAAAUUCUAACAAAUGGACCCUCGAGAGUGACAUUGGAACGCUGAAAAUGUCACUCUAUCCAAGAUCAUUCACAAUGAGAGCUCACCAACGUUCUCGUCGGAGUCCUGUUCCUAGAUUUGUGAGAACCGAAUGGUUUAAUUCAUGAGCUUCUUGGAAGCAAAAACCUUCUCAAUUUUGCAAUUUUCCCUCAACAGAUUAGAACCAAGAGAAGAAGGCCAUUGGCUGAGAUGACACACUUGGGACUACGAUCUCCGCCAAUCCAAAGAUUUGCCACCCAAAAAACGUGGAGGAGCUUGAAAUUAUCGGCCCCCUCUGUGAAGCACUUGGGUUUCCACUCUGUUUUGGCACGUGAGACUGAACCGGAUGUCGCCGAAAAAAGGCCACCUUCAAAUGAAAGAUGGUCUUCUUCGGAACGCUCUGAGACGAAGCCAAAGAACCUGAGAGAGUUUGAGCACAAUGCUAACAAUUUGGGCUUGAGAAUAAGAAGAAGCAACAAGAGGAGGAAGGAAAAGAGAGAGGAGAACAAGAGGGACCACCAAACCCAUUGGAACAGUGUCGGUUUUGGUGGAUCUAGUGCUGUUAUUGAGGGUGGUGGAGGUGAAGCAGAGCACGACGACAAAGAUGAAGAUGAUGAGGAAGAGACGGCUGAUUCAACGCCAAGAAGGCAACAACUUACUUCACCAGAAGUAGAACAGAGAGAACUUUAUAAAAUGAGUCGAAGUUCGUCACAGAUGUUCCAUAAGCGCAAGAAGAGGUCUAGGUCUCCGAGGCGAAAUGAUGCCUUCUUAUCCUCAUGGUAUCAAAGUGGGAACGAAAAUGAACUAGCUAACGACAUCGCGUCCAAAGUUUCGUUUCCAUCAUCUUCACCAUUACCGUUAUCCCUGUUGUCGAUGACACAAAAGAGAAUUGGAGAAGAAACGCCAUUUGAGAAUGAGCCUCUACUUCGAAUCCAAUCAUGGAACAUAGAAAACGAACCGGAACAUCCGCUUCCUUUUCCACCCAAAGCAUUUCGGCCAAGGAAAUGCGAGCUGACGGAGACCAAAACAAAUACCAGCACACUACAGUCAUCGUCACUACUAGGACUACAAAUACUUCACCCUUGGGGAAAACCAGACGAUAUGAACUUGCGCCAGAACAUUCACACCUGGGAGCAUCAGAUCCUCAAUGACUUGAAAGCAAGUUUUCCCCUAAAGAAAUCCCACGUGGAAUUAGACCUCCUCGUCAUUUUAGACGCGGAGGAUCCUAAUUGCGAGGAAAAGGUGGACCUUCGAGUAUUUGGCAGUCUGUGUGUGACAAGACUGAGGCGGAAGAAGAAUGAUUUGAAAGAUUUCAGGAGCCAAAUCGAGUCCAUCAUGAGACGACAUUCGGCUCUCCUCGCGCCCCUGUCAGUCCUGUCUCAUUCCAUUCUCAUCAUCCCUCUCUGUUUCCCGAGAGCCUCGCCGUCCAUUGGGAAUGGAGUAAUUGAAUCCACAAGUGGAACGGGGGAAAGCAGCCCUAGAAAUAGAAGUCGAGAACGAGGCAGAUCACCCCAUCGGAUGGAAAAUCGAUCCUGGAGAACAAGGCUCGGUUCCGAUCCAAGCUGGCCUAUUGGAAGCAAGGGAUGGUCAUCAUCAUUUCCAUUGUUAUCAUCACGGACACGCAGAGGGCCAUCAUCCCAUUACCUAAUCAAAACGUCUGAGAUCUUCCACAAUUUCUUGAACGAAGAUGAAGAAAACCAAUCGAAGCCAAGGCACCACGAGAUUAAAAGGCCUCGUGAGGGCAAAGUUCGUACCCGACGAACCCCAAGUUUUCGAUCAAAGCCUCUGGACUCGACAUUGCGAACUCCAUUUCUAAAUCAAGUCAAUGUACAUCAGAUUUCUUCCAAGGGGAAUGUCCAGCCCCAAGGAUCUGAAAUGAACCCCAAUCAACGACCAAUGGAAGGAUCAAGUGAUUCAAGUAUGUCCUCCCAAACAGGAGGAGAAGGGGAUGGAGGAGGAAACCUUGAAGUGGAGCACAAUCAAAAGUUGAAACUAACUCAAGCUCAGCACGACAAAAAUGAUACCACUGAGCGGGCCUCAAUUCUAGGGCUCUGGAUCUUCCUCAUCGUUUUGGUCAAUAGCUUCGUGAUCAUCUUAGGUACUGUUUGCGUCUUUGGAUUAAUCUACCUCUGGAAAUCAAAACAAGGAAGCUCGAGGGAAACAUCGUCCUCGAGGACACAGCGUCCUGCUCGUCAACUCAACCAAAUCACGCCUCUUUCCAUUCAACCCCGAUCUCAGCGCUUUUUGUACAAUCCCAAGGCCAGCAUUUAUAGCCAAGGAGUACCGGGUGCGGCAACCUAUUUUCCCCCACAAUCGGCAACAACGUUUUCAAGUCAUCUUGAGCGAAAUUCUAGCACUUCGUCCUUGGUGCAAGACAUCAGUUUGUGAUAAAGCUAUACUAACUAAUUAUUGUUGAAGUUAAAAAUCUUUCUUGUGCUUGUUAUUGAAUAGAAAUAUAGAUUUGCAUGAUUC